AUGGAUUGGGCGGUUAAAGCUGCGAGGAAAAAGAGUCAGAGGCUGCCUGGGAGUACUAGAUCCAUUGUCGAGUCGUUGAACGCGUUCAACGACGUCGCUGGCGAAGGUCAGACGCAGAUUGACGCCGUCGUGGGAGAGACUGCAGGUUGGUUGGUACAGGUUAUGAGUCCCGAACGUACGACAGAGCUGCAGGUAGUUGAAGAGAGGGCUGAGACUCCUGUGCGUGUAGUUCAAAGUGCUACAACGCCUAAAUCGUUGGCAAAACCGACUUGGUCGCCAUAUAAAGUGGAAAAAUCCCUGACUAGUGAGCAGAUAAGGUCACAGAGAAGAUCGAAUAUGUUUGUACCACUGCCGAGUCGUGAUCCGUUAGUCAUUCAGCCUUCAAAACCCACUUCAAGUGUUUUUGAAAGACUUUCUUCUCUACCGACGAAAUCUUUUGAGAACAAAGUUAAUAGGAAAGUUUCGUCCAUUGAUGUGACUGGUUCACCAAUGAGAAGGAAUUCACCUAGGAGGGAUGUGGAGAGUUCAAUGCAGGAUACAUUGAAAAAUAUCUUUUCCACGAAGAAACGAUCCAUUCCGAGGAUAGAAAAGACUACUACGCAAAAGACAGUUUUAAAACCACCUCAGGAACCUUAUCAACCGCCAAGGCCGGACCGUUUGACGAGGUUUCAACUACUGCCGUCUACGGAAUCCGAAAAGACAGAUCUCAAGGAGAAAAUGAACAAGAGACUAUCUGAAGUCAUUAGAACACAACAGCGCAGGCGCAACGAUCAGCAAAAAAGAAAGACUCACUUGGACGAAGAUACAAAAAGAAGAACUAAGAUUUGGAAUGAAAAAACUCCUACCACUACCCUACGCACAAAUACCAUCUUGCAUGAUCUCAAUAGUGUGGACCACAGAACUAUCAUAGGUGAAUCGCAUCAAAGUCCUGGGAACCAAACGCUUCCCGAGAUCCAGUCGGACUCGGACGACGAUGCGGACUCCACAUUGGCCUCCUGGGCAAGAUCACCUUAUUUGCAAGAACAACUCUACUUGCAACAGAACUGGGAUCCUAAGAAAAUUUUUGGUCCCAUACCGCCGUUGCAUAUUGAUCAGAUUUUCCCAAAUUCGAAGCCAAGUAAGUCGAAACAACAACCAUUGACCAGAAAGAAUUUAUAA